GUUUUCACUACUACGCGCGACUCAUCGAAAGAACAAAAAAAAAAAACAACGAGCGAAAGAGAUGAUGGCACUACCUCCAUCUUCACCAUCAUCAUCCUCUCCAUCUCUACAACGUCUCUCCACCUUCAAAAACCCUCCUCCUCCUUCUCCACUCUCCGCACCACCACAACCCUCCUCUUCCUCACCUCUAGACUCCUUCGCCAACGACCCCAUCCUCUCCCCAUUCCUCUCCCCAUCCUUCUCCUCCUCCUCCUUCUCCUCCGCCGCACUCGCCUCCGGCUCCCCCGCCUCCACCGCCGAGCGUCUCCACCAAGCCAUCCGCCUCCUCGACGCCCAGCUCCGCAACGACGUCGUCUCCCGCCACCCGGAGCUCCUCUCCCAGCUCUCCUCCCUCUCCCACGCCGAGAUCUCCCUCUCCUCCCUCCGCUCCUCCGUCUCCUCCCUCCAAUCCUCGAUCCGCAAGAUCCGAUCCGAUCUCUCGGAGCCAGUGCGGUCCAUCAGAUCCAAAUCCACUCAGCUAACGAAUCUCCACUCCGCGACGGAGCUGCUAUCUCACUCGGUGCGCGCGUUGCGGCUCUCGAAGAAGCUUCGCGAUCUGACGGAUGGAUCGGAUCCGGAGAAGGUCGAUCUCACGAAAUCCGCGCAGCUCCAUUUCGAGAUCUUGGCGAUGUGUAGGGAGUACGAUCUGUUCGGGAUCGAGGUUGUCGACGAGGAGGUUAAGUUCGUUAAAGAGAUUGGUGAAAAAUUGAGAUCUGAGGCGAUGAAGGUGUUGGAGAGAGGUAUGGAAGGGCUGAAUCAAGCGGAGGUUGGGACUGGUUUGCAGGUUUUCUAUAACCUUGGAGAGUUGAAGCAAACGGUGGAUCAGUUGGUGAAUAAGUAUAAGGGGAUGGGUGUGAAGAGUGUGGGGGUUGCGAUGGAUAUGAAGGCGGUUACGUCUGGUGGUGGUGGUGGGGGGUUUGGACCGGGUGGGAUUAGGUCUAGUGGAGCGCCGAAUAUUGGUGGUGGGGGGAAGGUUAGGGAGGCGUUGUGGCAGAGGAUGGGGAGUUGUAUGGAUCAGUUGUAUAAGGUUGUUGUUGCUGUGUGGCAUUUGCAGCGUGUGUUGUCUAAGAAGAGGGAUCCGUUUACGCAUGUCCUUCUUCUUGAUGAAGUCAUCAAGGAAGGUGACUCAAUGUUAACAGACAGAGUUUGGGAUGCACUUGUGAAGGCGUUUACUAGCCAAAUGAAGUCAGCAUUCACAGCUUCGAGUUUCGUUAAAGAAAUAUUCACCAUGGGAUAUCCGAAGCUUGUGUCUAUGAUUGAAAAUCUUCUUGAAAGGAUCUCUCGCGACACCGAUGUGAAAGGAGUGUUACCUGCGGUUGAUUCAGAAAGGAAAGAACAAAUGGUUUCAUGCAUUGCAAUUUUCCAGACUGCUUUCUUAUCCCUAUGCUUUGGACGGUUGUCAGAUCUUGUGAACUCGAUAUUCCCUAUGUCGAGCCGUGGGAGUUUACCUUCCAAAGAACAGAUCUCGCAGGUGUUAUCACACAUUCAAGACGAGAUCGAGGCUGUUCAUCCAGAUGGUCGUUUGACUCUUUUAGUUUUGCGUGAGAUAGGCAAGGCCCUUAGUAACCUAGCUCAACGAGCUGAGUGCCAGAUUUCUACAGGCCCUGAGACGCGCCAGAUUACAGGACCUGCAACUUCAACACAGAUCAGAAACUUCACACUAUCUCAGCAUCUGCAAGGAAUCCACACGCAUAUCUCAUCCAUGGUAGCGGACCUUCCCAGUAUCGCUGCUGAUGUACUGUCUCCUCAUCUGGGUGCGAUAUAUGCCGCGGCAUGCGAGCCAGUUACACCUCUGUUCAAAGCAAUGCGAGACCAACUCGAGUCAUGCAUACUUCAAAUCCACGAUCAAAACUUUGGUGUUGAUGAUGCUGCCUUGGACGACAACACUUCCCCAUACAUGGAAGAGUUGCAGAGAUCGAUCCUCCACUUCCGCAAGGAGUUCCUAUCUAGACUUUUGCCUUCCGCAGCAACAGCUAACACUGCAGGGACAGAAUCAAUCUGCACUAGACUUGCAAGACAAAUGGCUUCAAGGGUUUUGAUCUUCUACAUCAGGCAUGCUUCCCUCGUGAGACCACUAUCAGAAUGGGGAAAACUCAGGAUGGCUAGAGACAUGGCCGAGCUGGAACUCGCGGUGGGACAGAAUCUGUUCCCUGUGGAGCAACUCGGUGCACCGUACAGAGCUCUUAGAGCAUUUAGGCCAUUGAUUUUCUUGGAAACAUCUGAGAUGGGAUCGUCUCCUCUCAUCCAGGAUCUGCCGCCGAGUAUCGUCCUGCACCAUCUCUACACGAGAGGCCCGGAUGAGUUAGAGUCACCGAUGCAGAAGAACAGACUGAGUCCUAAGCAGUACUCACUGUGGCUUGAUAACCAAAAAGAGGAUCAGAUCUGGAAAGGGGUAAAAGCGACGUUGGAUGAUUAUGCAGUGAAGAUCAGGUCAAGAGGGGAGAAAGAGUUCAGCCCAGUUUAUCCUCUAAUGCUUCAAAUUGGAUCAUCUUUGACACAAGAGAACUCAUAAGCUCCAUAUGUGCUUUGUUUCCUUUGUUUUCAAGGCUUUGAGUUCUAUAGCAGGUCGGGUCAAUAAAUAUAUUAUUUUUUUUGUCUUAAGAAGUGACUAUAUCUCUCACAUGCAUGUCAGGUAAAGCCAGAUUCAUAGAUCGUGACAUGGUUUGUUUCUUGAAUAGAGUUCUUGUUUUGUUUUGUUUGAGGAAGCUCUUACUUUUGUUUGUGCUAUGUUCAGAUCGAUCCCUCUCGUGUUUCUUUCUUAGGUUCGAUUCUUAUCUUUUGACUUUAGUUAUUGUCUGGAUGACCAGUGCUCUAACACUGGAACGAACCAUUGGCUAUACGCUCUUGGUUGUUGAGUUUGGGGGUUGAUUCAAGAUUCUUUUGUAAAGAACGAAACUACCAACAUAUUUUACAAACAUGAGACUGGACCAAGGGAAGGGCUUACUCUACAAAGAAGGGAGAUUCAACGGUCAUACUCAAAACACAAUGAGUAUUUGCAUACAUGGACACAUCAUAUAUAUACAAAAAAAGUCCGCAACUAUUAAGAACCUCCUCUUCUUAUUCUAUCUCUUUCUUCUAUCAGUUCCCAACGGAAAUAGAUCUCUCUCCUAGGCCGAGAGGUGAACGUGAACGUUGACGCCUCGUGAUCUCGGAGAGGACCCUUCUCAUCUCCGGUUGCUGCAGAGAUGGCUGGCUUAUCUUCUCAAACUCUCUCUUUACCUUCACCACUUGGCUAUGUUUUGGACCAUCAUCGUUUCCAUUAUUGAUCUUGUUCUCCAUUUUCCACCACACAAAAACCCUAGACACACAAAGAAAGCCCUUUAUACAACUCUGUUAACACGAGAUGUGUGUGAAAGUAGAAGAGAAAUCAGGUUGGUGAGCAACACUGAAUUGGUUUGAGAAAUAAAUAUUAUACAAAGAGACGACUACU